AACAUUAUAAUUGGAGUAGACUCUAAAGAUAGGCUGGUUCAGCUACUUGUUUUAUAGUAUGUAAAAUUUUUAAAAAGCAGUAGAAGCUUCUGAUAACUUUAUGUAAUUAUGCCUUCAAAGAGUUUCCCUGUCUGUCCCUUGGAAGGGUUACUUGAACGGUAACUGUUCCUUUGAUUAGCAUCUCCAUUAGUGGUGCAACAGUUAUUUCAGGUAAACUUUCUUAGCUAGUGUUUCUUUUCAAUUCUUUAAACCCUUAGGCCCAGGACUUGUAGGCCAGACCACCAGUUGAAUGAUGGAUAAUUAUAGAAAGGCAUAAAAAACUUUUCUUGAAACAAUUCUAGUUUUCUGAUGAAGACCAGUUUACAGCAGGAAACGGAAUGUGGAGACCUCAGUCUGGAUUUGCUUGCCUAAACUGGAUUUGAAGUAAUUCAAACAACUGGACAUCUGCCAUUUUACACUAACACAAUUGGAAAGAAGCAGGUUUUCAAAUAAUGGAAGAGUCCACGACCUCUAAAAAUGAAAAUCAUGAACCAAAGAAGAAUGCUUGGGCUCUUUCUGAAGAAAGCAAAGCAGUUAAAAUUAUAACUAAUAAGACUUUGAAAGCUAGAAAUGAUAAAUCAAUCAGAGAAAUUGGGACCAGUUCUCCAAAUAGGAAUAGUAGUAAAAAAAAUAAGCAAAAUGAUAUUUGUAUAGAAAAACCAGAGGUUAAAUCAUCUAAAGUAAGUGCUGCCCCUCUUCCAGGACCUAAAGACUUGGGGUUUGUCCUUCGAGAUCAAAGUUACUGCAAAGCAAAAAAAUUACCUAAUUCACCGGUGAAAGCAGAAAAGGUACCUGUUUCACAGGCAAAAGGAGAAAAGGCAACCAGUUUACAAGCAAAAGCAGAAAAAUCACCAAAGUUACCUAGGUCACCUGUGAAAAUAGAAAAGGCACCCAGUUCACAGGCAACAGCAGUGGAAAAGGCACAUAGUUCCCAGAGGAAUGCAGAAAAAGCUCCCAAUUCUCAAAUGAAAUCAGAAAAGAUGCCCAGUUCACCAGCAGAAGCAGAGAAGGUACCUAGUUUGCUAUUGAAAGAAAACUUGAGGAAGACAGAAUCACAGCAGACUGGAAAAAAAAUCCCAAGCUCCUUUACUUCUGUGGACAAAGUGAAUAUUGAUAAUGUAGAGGGAGAAAAAUCUGCUCUGGAAAAUUCACUCCGACCUCAUAAGCAACAAACGUGUACGGAGACUACUGGUGAUUCUGAUGAUAGUGCUUCUGGAAUUGAAGACAUAACGGAUGAUUUGAGUAAAAUGAAGAAUGAUGAAUCUAAUAAAGAAAAUUCUUCAGAGAUGGACUAUUUAGAAAAUGCUACUGUGAUAGAUGAAUCUACAUUGACACCUGAGCAGAGGCUAGGCUUGAAACAAGCAGAAGAACGCUUAGAAAGAGAUCACAUCUUUCGACUUGAAAAACGCUCACCAGAAUAUACCAAUUGCCGAUACCUAUGCAAACUUUGCUUAAUUCACAUUGAAAACAUCCAGGGAGCUCAUAAACAUAUAAAGGAGAAACGACAUAAGAAAAAUAUUCUGGAAAAACAGGAAGAAAGUGAGCUUCGUUCUCUGCCGCCUCCUUCCCCUGCCCACUUGGCUGCUUUAAGUGUUGCUGUUAUUGAAUUAGCAAAAGAACAAGGAAUAACAGAUGAUGACCUCAGAGUCCGUCAGGAAAUUGUGGAGGAAAUGUCAAAGGUUAUAACAACAUUUUUACCAGAGUGUUCACUUAGGUUGUAUGGCUCAUCUCUGACUAAGUUUGCUCUGAAAAGUAGUGAUGUUAAUAUAGAUAUAAAAUUCCCUCCCAAGAUGAAUCAUCCAGAUCUUCUGAUACAAGUGCUUGGGAUUUUUAAAAAAAGUGUGUUAUAUGUAGAUGUGGAAUCUGAUUUUCAUGCUAAAGUUCCUGUUGUGGUGUGCAAAGAUCGGAAAAGUGGUUUGCUUUGUAGAGUGAGUGCAGGAAAUGAUAUGGCAUGCCUCACUACUGAUUUACUUGCUGCUCUUGGCAGAACAGAACCUGUCUUUACUCCCUUGGUGUUAGCCUUUCGCUAUUGGGCUAAGUUGUGCCAUAUUGACUCCCAGACUGAUGGUGGAAUUCCUUCUUACUGUUUUGCUUUAAUGGUGAUGUUUUUUCUACAACAAAGAAAACCCCCUCUUCUGCCUUGCUUACUUGGAAGUUGGAUUGAAGGCUUUGACCCAAAAAGAAUGGAUGACUUUCAGCUGAAGGGCAUAGUAGAAGAGAAGUUUGUGAAGUGGGAAUAUAAUUCAAGUAGUGCAACUGAGAAAAACUCAAUUGCUGAGGAAAACAAAGCUAAGGCAGACCAACCAAAAGAUGAUUCCAAGAAGAGAGAAACAGACAACCAAAGUAAUGCCAUGAAGGAAAAACAUGGCAAAUCUCCUUUAACAUUGGAAACACCAAAUCAGGUAUCCCUGGGACAGUUAUGGUUAGAGCUGCUAAAAUUUUAUACACUGGAUUUUGCUUUGGAGGAAUAUGUCAUAUGUGUACGGAUACAAGAUGUUUUAACACGAGAAAACAAAAACUGGCCUAAAAGGAGAAUAGCCAUUGAAGAUCCAUUUUCAGUCAAGAGGAAUGUUGCACGGAGCUUAAACAGCCAGCUUGUUUAUGAAUAUGUUGUGGAGAGAUUCAGGGCAGCUUAUCGGUAUUUUGCCUGUCCUCAGAGGAAGGGUGGAAAUAAAUCUACAGUGGAUUCCAUGAAAAAAGAGAAGGGGAAAAUAAGCAAUAAGAAACCAGUGAAGUCUGACAAUAUGGCAUCCAAUUGUUGCAACUUACUUCGGGAAAGUCCAGAAAAAAUACAUGCAGGAAGAGUUCAACCUGAUAAAUAUGAAAAGGAAUGUACAUCACAGAGAUGUAUUACUGAAGGUCACAAUUUGUUGGUAAAAGAACUGGAUUUGGCUGAACGUAGACAGGAAUCUUCAUCUCUUUCUACCAGUGAAGGCACUGAAUUAGAGCCAAAAUCAGUUAACAAACAAGAUGACUUAUCACCUUCAAAAACUUGUUUUAAAAAGGAGCCCAGCCAGUGUAAUUGCACUGAUUAUAAAUCCCCUGACCCAGGUGAAUCUGCUGGUACAGACUGCAGGUCAGAUUUAGAAAGAAAGUGUUCACAUCAGGUUGUGUGCCCUAACACAUCUUCUACCUCUUGCAACUGCAAAGCUGCAGAAGAUGCUUCUGACCUUAAUGAUGAUGAUAGCCACCCUACCCAGGAUUUAUAUUAUGUGUUUGAUAAGUUUAUUUUGACCUCUGGCAAGCCACCAACAAUAGUAUGCAGCAUCUGCAAAAAGGAUGGCCAUUCAAAAAAUGAUUGCCCAGAAGAUUUCAGGAAAAUUGAUCUGAAACCUUUACCACCAAUGACAAAUCGAUUUCGGGAAAUACUUGAUUUAGUAUGUAAAAGAUGUUUCGAUGAAUUAUCACCACCAUUCUCUGAACAACACAACAGGGAGCAAAUUUUAAUUGGCUUGGAAAAGUUUAUUCAAAAAGAAUAUGAUGAAAAGGCAAGAUUGUGCUUAUUUGGCUCUUCUAAGAAUGGAUUUGGAUUUCGUGAUAGUGAUCUGGAUAUUUGUAUGACCCUGGAAGGCCAUGAAAAUGCCGAGAAAUUAAAUUGUAAAGAAAUAAUAGAAAAUUUGGCGAAAAUUCUUAAGAGACAUCCAGGUUUAAGAAACAUUUUGCCUAUAACUACUGCCAAAGUGCCUAUUGUAAAAUUUGAACACAGACGAAGUGGUUUAGAAGGUGAUAUCAGUUUAUAUAACACAUUGGCUCAACAUAACACAAGAAUGCUAGCUACUUAUGCAGCUAUUGAUCCCAGAGUGCAAUACUUGGGAUAUACUAUGAAAGUGUUUGCCAAGCGAUGUGACAUUGGAGAUGCUUCCAGGGGAAGUUUGUCUUCAUAUGCUUAUAUCCUUAUGGUGCUGUACUUUCUGCAGCAGAGAAAACCACCUGUUAUCCCAGUUCUACAAGAGAUCUUUGAUGGGAAACACAUUCCACAGCGAAUGGUUGAUGGAUGGAAUGCUUUUUUCUUUGAUAAAACAGAAGAACUGAAAAAGCGUUUACCUUCACUUGGAAAGAACACAGAAACAUUAGGAGAACUUUGGUUGGGACUCCUUCGCUUCUAUACUGAAGAAUUUGAUUUCAAAGAAUAUGUAAUUAGCAUUCGGCAGAAAAAGCUGUUGACAACUUUUGAGAAACAGUGGACAUCCAAGUGCAUUGCAAUUGAAGACCCUUUUGACUUGAAUCAUAACCUUGGUGCUGGAGUUUCUAGAAAAAUGACCAAUUUCAUCAUGAAGGCAUUUAUCAAUGGAAGGAAACUUUUUGGUACCCCUUUUUAUCCACUUAUCGGCAGAGAAGCUGAAUACUUCUUUGAUUCCAGAGUAUUAACAGAUGGAGAACUGGCUCCCAAUGAUCGAUGUUGCCGUGUGUGUGGAAAAAUAGGCCACUAUAUGAAAGACUGCCCUAAAAGGAGAAGCAGUUUACUGUUUAGACUAAAGAAGAAAGACAGUGAAGAAGAGAAGGAAGGGAAUGAAGAGGAGAAAGACUCCCGAGACCUUCUUGACCCCCGAGACCUCCACGACGCUCGAGACUUUAGAGACCCCAGAGACCUCAGAUGUUUUAUAUGUGGAGAUGCAGGACAUGUACGAAGGGAAUGCCCAGAGGUCAAGCUGGCCCGUCAGAGGAAUAGCAGUGUGGCAGCAGCCCAGCUGGUCCGCAACCUUGUAAAUGCCCAACAAGUGGCUGGUUCAGCCCAGCAACAGGGUGAUCAGUCUAUAAGGUCUAGACAGUCCUCAGAAUGUUCUGAUUCACCAUCUUACUCUCCUCAGCCCCAGCCGUUUCCACAGAACUCUUGCCAAUCAGCUGUCAUUACCCAGCCUCCAUCCCAGCCAGGAUCCCAGCCCAAGCUUGGCCCACCUCAGCAGGGAGCCCAGACCCCCCAUCAGGUCCAGAUGCCUAUGUAUAACUUUCCCCAGUCACCACCAGCUCAGUAUUCUCCCAUGCACAAUAUGGGAUUGUUGCCAGUACACCCCCUCCAGAUCCCUACCCCAUCCUGGCCUAUUCAUGGCCCAGUGAUCCACUCUGCGCCAGGCAGUGCCCCCAGCAAUAUUGGCCUGAACGAUCCCAGCAUCAUCUUUGCACAGCCUGCUGCUAGACCCGUGGCGAUCCCUAGCUCCUCUCAUGAUGGACACUGGCCUCGUGCUGUGGCUCCAAAUUCCCUGGUGAACAAUGGUACAGUGGGGAAUUCGGAACCAGGCUUUCCAGGACUAAAUCCUCCAAUUCCUUGGGAACAUGCACCGCGUCCCCAUUUCCCUCUUGUCCCAGCUUCGUGGCCUUACGGUUUGCAUCAAAACUUCAUGCAUCAGGGAAAUGCCAGAUUUCAGGCCAACAAACCUUUCUAUACUCAAGCUGGUCUACCGAUGUACAGCAACCAGCCAAUCCUGCUGUCUCAAGGGUAUCCGUACCUCAAUGUCAGUUACAUUCAGCAGAAAAAGUGACAUUUAAUGGAAAGCAAAACAAAUCAGGUCCUGAUUUAAAAUUUUAACACGUUUAGAUAGCUUAUUUAAAUUCUAAGACUGUUUUUAAAGACUGUAUUAUUUGUAUAUAAAUAUGAAGUAUAGUUUUUACUAGUAUCACCAAAUUGAGUGAUACAAAUUUCAUCUAUUUUAUUACCCUAUUUUUAAGGGAAUUUUAUGUUUUGUUUAACCUUGAUGAAUUGUAUAAAGAGAGAAUUUAAAAAUGACAUUCUUUAUUUUCUAUUAGCUGUAUUCAUACUUUGGUUGCUUCAGACUUUAUAUAUAUUGUUCUUAAGAAUUAGGAAAGACUUUCAUGUGUUUUAAAUUUGUCACUUCUAUUCUUUACAGAAUCUUGUAGUGCCAAAAACUUUUUAAAAGGUAAAAAAAAAAUAAAGUAAAACUACAACAUGAAGAUUCAGAAUUUUUUCUUUUAUAUUCUUUGUAUAUUGAUAUUCAAAGAAACAAAAUUGCUUUUGUCUGUAUUUGAAGUAAUUCUAUUUUAAGUUAAUAAAUCUUUGACAAGAGUCAAAUUUGGUUAAUUCAUCUAGUUGUUUAGACAGUGGAAAUACAGUGUUGACAAUUCGGAGAGAUGUUUUAACUGUUAGUGAAUAUUCUACAUCACAGGCUUAGUUAAAAAAAUCCAAGGAUUUUUUUCAUGUCCUUUAUUUUACUGGAUCUUCACAACACCUGUAUGAAGUGGAUAGAAGCAUUUUAUCAUUGACGAAACUGAGGGACAAAACAAUAAAGUGAGUUCUAAAGGUGAUACAUGUUGGAUAUAAAAUUGAAACAUCUUUUGAAGCAGUUUUUAAACACUGAGAUUGAUACUGGCAGUUAAAGUAGGGAAGAGAUGAUUGUUAUUUUCUGAGGAACAAAUAUGUGUCAGACUUAUCCAUUUUGGCAUAGAAUUCCUGUACUACCUGGAAAACCAUAGUAGUGUUUACCAAUAAUGCCUGUGGUCAGUGAUUAUAGUUGGGGAGUUCAAACUUGUAUUGUUGGUGUUAGGUUUUUUAGCUGUUUUUGGUACUAUACACUGAAAUGAGGUAAUUUUGUCUAAACCCCUCAGAGAGAUUUACCAAGACUUAUGCUAAAUGAUGCCAUAGAUUAAUUUGGAAAUAUGCAGAAUAAGUAAAUACAAAUGUAUUUUAAGGAUAGUUAUUAUCUUUGUACCGCUUCCUCAGAUAUACAUUACUUAAAUAGGAGACUAUCUGGGCUCUUGCCAUAUGUAUCCUCCAAUGUGGAAGAUACUUGAAAUACAUUGCAGGAGGUUGAGGGUUUUUCUACCAUAUUUACAACCUUGGAAAGGUAUUUAUUAAAUGUUAAUUCAUGAGCAGGUGUAUUUAGUUAGCUUUUCAUAUUAAAGCGUUGGCAUCCCUCAGGAUCCUACUUAAGUGGUGUAGUUAGCUCAUUUGUUUUAUUAAUGAAUACCAAAGUCAGCUCUUUUAUUAAAAAAUGACUUGGAGCAUUCAAAUAUUUCAUCUCCUUUCAGGUCUUGGAGAACAGGUGAUGAGGUGUGUAAGGUGUUCAUUUUACUGUUCUACUUUUGUAUAUAUUAGUAACUUUCAUUAAAAGAAAACUGCAACAAGAGACUGCCCCCAACUCAGCCAUCCUUCCUAAAGGCAGUAUAUACCACAUGGCCAAAGGUAUUUGUGGGGCAGUAAACCCAUCACCUAGGUUAUACUUACAUAAAAGUGUUACAUAUAGUAAUUUUCAUCAUUUCACUUGUCCCUCUUUCAGCAAUUGCCAGUGUUCAAUAACUGGUAAAACUAUUCCAAGUUGAAAAGUAGAAUACUCUUAGUUUGUAAUUUAUACAGUACUUCAGUUUUAUAAGUUUGCAAACUUUUCAUAGAAGUUGUAAAUUUUAUUAUGAAUUCAUUGUAAAGCAAUUGGGAAGUGCAGAAUUGUUUUAUGUAUACACACACUCACAAAAAGAUCACUAUUUUGAAAUUUUUUGAAUAAUGUUAAUGACUGAGGGAUUAAUAUUUUCCCUUGCCGUUAAAGAUUAUUCAAAUAUAUGAGCACUAAUGAUGUUCUACAUAAUCUAUUCAUACCCCUACAGAUGGACAUUUUUGCCAUUUCCAGUUUUUCUCAUAUAUAAAAAAUAUAUGUAAAAUGAUGGGAUAAAUCUAAGUGUAUAUUUGUUUUGUUAAUGGCAAAUUCCUAUAAAUGGGAUUACUGUGUAAAAAGAAUAAAAGCACUAAGGUUCUUGUUACAUAUUGCCAAAUUGCCCUCCAGAAAAGUGGCUACCAACCGGCAGUUCCAACAAACAAUACAUGUGUUGGAAGCUUAUAAAAAAGCUUGAAACUCCAAACAACUCAUUUUUUUUCCAUGUGAAGGAUAAUCUAAAUGUUUAUUAAAAAAGAAAAAAGCACUAAAUAAAAAUCACUCAGAAGUGCAUCAACCAGAAUACUAUCUGGUGAAUUUCAUUCAUUCCAACUACCUGUCCUAAAUACAUGUAAGUUUUACAAAAGUGGGCUUAUAUGCUAUAUUUAAUAAAUAAAGCAAAUUAAUUUUACUUGGAUUUAUUAACAAAAGGAAAAAAAUGUGAAAGUGAAGUAAUGUUAACAAUACUUGAAAAUUUUUUUCUCUAAGAGAAUCUAGUUCUAAAAGAUUCCUUCUAAAAUAAAGGAUAGUUACAAAAAGCAUUAAAGCUCUGGAGUCAUUUUUUUCUAGCUUCAUGUAUGUUAAUUAGAGAUAGCAUAUGACUCCUGUUAUGAAAAAUAAAACCACACCUAAGAGUUCUUAUACUUGGUUUUAUUAUUCCUAUAUAGACAAUAUUCAAAUAUUUAAUUUGCAUCUCAUAGUCAUUCCCCAUUAUUCUUGAGUUUCUAAAAGGUUUACUUUUCUUGAACUGCUUUCUUCCUGUCCGGUGAAUUUUGUAAUCAGGUGUUUUUUCCCCUGGUGAUUGUAUACUUGUAAGUUCUUGCAUACUUCAGAAUAUCUAUGCCCUUUAUCUUUUAAAUACAACUUUUUGUGGGUAAAAAAUUCCUGGUAUUUUCCUCAGACCUUUGGGAGCCUUUUGCUUCACUGAUUUAUGAAUUUGCUACAGGUCUGAGAUGAUCCUUUUUCCCUCACUAUGUAUACAUGACUUGAUUUCUCUGCUUGGAUGCCCAUAAAGUUCUCUUAAUCAGGACCCAUUUCUUGAUCGAUUGUUUUUUUUUUUUUCAGGUAAUAUUCUAUUUGAAUUUUUAAAAGUUUGAUUUGCUCAGUUCUCUUCAGGGCUAUCAAUUAUGCAUAUCAGAAUUCUUUUCAUGUGUCUUAUUAUCUCUGGAGCUUUAAGUAUUUUGUUAUUUUUCCAUUUUAAAAGUUUCCUCUAGCUUGUUUUCUGCAUGGCUUCUGUUUUCUGUUUUUUCUAAUAAGGCUUUCAUUUCUCCAGUUUUUAAAAUCUUCAUUUCUUAAGCUCUGCCAAGCAUAGUUUUCAGGUCUUUUAAUCUCUUCUUUGAACUUACAUACUUCCAUUUUUAAAAACAGAUCACUUUUUUUUUUUGCUGUGUCUUUUUUGCUUCUAUGGAGAACUUGUUACUUAAACCUUACUGGAGGAGUGGCCAGCAUCUGUGAUCAUUCUUUUCUGAUUAAUGCUUGCUUAAACUUAGGUCAGUUUACUGAAAAUAAUGGAAAAGGGCUAGGGAAAUGAGCUUUAAAUUGUUAUAAAGGAAGCUUUUCAGAAGUAUUUCCUUUGCCCUGAAAACACAUCUCCCUACAUAACAUACUACGGUUAUUUGUGCACUAUGGCAAAAAUUUUAUUAAGGACAGUAUAAUUCAAAUUAUGGGAAAUGAAAUCAAUUUAGUGGUUUGCACCCAACAUUGAAAACUGAUACUGUAUA